AUGCCUGCUACCACGGCGGACACACUCUCCCUCGUCACGCGAACCGUCACGGUUGCGCCAUUAGUGCUUCUCUCGGUCGCAGAUCAUUAUGGCCGCUCGGCUAAAGGAACUCGUAAGCGCGUGGUUGGAGUGUUACUGGGAGAGAAUUCCGGCCAGACUGUUCGAGUAUCAAACAGCUUUGCAGUUCCCUUUGAGGAGGAUGAAAAGGACCCGUCCGUGUGGUUCCUAGACCAUAAUUUUGUCGAGUCGAUGAGAGACAUGUUCAAAAAGAUUAACGCUCGUGAGAGGCUCAUCGGGUGGUAUCACUCCGGCCCGAAAUUACGGGCCUCUGACCUGGAAAUCAAUGAACUGUUCAAACGAUACACGCCUAAUCCUUUACUGGUGAUUGUCGAUGUCCAACCAAAGGAAGUUGGCGUGCCGACGGAUGCCUACUUCGCAGUGGAUGAGAUCAAAGAUGAUGGCACCACAACAUCCAAGACCUUUGUUCAUACUCCAUCCAUAAUCGAAGCAGAAGAAGCUGAGGAGAUCGGUGUUGAACACCUUCUUCGAGACAUCAGGGACGUUGCUGUCGGUACCCUCUCUACGCGCAUAACGUCGCAGCUGCAAUCCUUGCAAGGCCUGCAUUUACGCCUGCGGGAUAUUGGACAAUAUCUCCAGAAAGUGCUCGACCACGAGCUACCUGUCAAUCAUGCCAUAUUAGGCAACCUCCAAGAUGUCUUCAAUCUCCUCCCCAACCUGUCGACCCCACCAGCGACGCCACGCCUUAGUGGGUCAGAGCAACAGUCGGAGAACAGCGAGUUAGCACGAGCCAUGAGUAUAAAGACCAACGAUCAGUUGAUGGCUAUCUACUUGAGUAGUUUAAUCCGCGCUAUCACCGCCUUCCACGAUUUGAUUGAGAACAAGAUUCAAAACAGACAACAGCAAGAAGAAAAUGAACUCAAGAGAGAACAGGAAGCCAAUGCCGCUAAGGGUGAAAAGGAGGCAAAGAAAGUGAACGGAGCUGGGAACAGCGAGCAGAAGGAGGAGCAGGAUGGAUCCAAGGAGAAAUCCAAGAGGAAGGGUCAAUGA